UUUAAAUGACAAAAUGUGCUUGUAAGAGAUCAUUUCUGCAGCACCUCAUUGGAAUUCACCACUGACAGCCUCUGUGUCUCGUGACAAUGCCUGCAAUUUGUCCAUGACAUAUAAACAACACAUUGUUGUGUGGAAACAAUCAGCCAUUUUGUCUUGCUGUUUCAGAGCUUUGAAAAAAAAAAGAUGGCUUCUGGCUCAGACAUCCCUGUUAUUAUUUCAUGAAAUAAUGCGACGUCGCUCCUCCUUGGUUCCUGGCCAUUUUUGAGCAUACACCCCUCCCUUUUCCCUUCUCUUGUCUCCUCUCUCUUCUCCACUCCCCCUCUUUUUCCAUCACCCCUCUCACACCAUUCAGCCUGCAGAAGCUGCAGCAGCAGCAGUCUUCUCGACACAAGGGAGGAGUAUAAUGCACAGAAGUAAGACUCCCUCUCUACCUCAGGGAGCUGGAAAAUGUGAGACAAUGUGUGACGGCUAAUAAGGAAUAUAAAAAGGGGCCAAGAGAGACCAAACAGCGAAAGGAUAGCCCUAGGAAGCCCAGAGCACACCACAGGGGACCUUACAAAGGAAGGCGGGAGACGAUGGAUGGAAUAUUGUUGAAGGUGGACCAGAACCCUGUUCUCUCUGUGUUGUUGUUCUCUCUCAUGUUCAGGGUGGUCCAUCACCUCCUAAGGAAGCUUCCUCUGCCUAAAGUAGUGAUGCAUGAUGAGCUCCGGUCCUGGAAGUGGAGAAACCUCAGUGUGUCUCUGGUCCAUUCACUGCUCACCGGCCCAUGGGCCAUCACCUGUGUGAGCCUAUGGCCAGAGAUGCUGAGUAACAUGCAUUCUUUCUCCACACCAGUCUGCUACCUGCUUGUGAGUGUUUCCGCAGGUUAUUUUGUGCAAGAUGCAGGUGACAUCAUAUUUUCAGGACAUGCCCUAGGAUCAUGGGAGUUCCUCCUCCAUCAUUUCUUGGUGUUAUGGUGCUUCCUGUACAAUCUGUACAACCAGCGCUAUGUGGCUGGAGCAGCAGUUGCCCUCCUGGUGGAAGUCAACAGCAUGACCCUCCAUGCACGGUUACUUCUGAAACUAGCAGGAGCUCAAGGGUCCAGUCUCUACAACGCCAACAAGUUCUUCAACCUCUUCACUUAUGUCACCUUUCGCCUAGGUACCCAGUUUUACAUAACCUAUUACAUCAUCAUCAACUUCUCCAUGCUGCAACAUGGCAGUUACUUCCUGAUCACCGUGCUCCUCAUGGACACCAUGAUCCUCAUCUACUUCUACCGAUUGCUCAGGGCUGACUUUUGGCCCAGAAGGAAGGGCCAUGUCAUACAGAAUGGCGCUCACCGAAGCACCACUCAGCUCUUUGAUGACUGAUCAGAAGUUGGAGGGUAAAUAAAAAUCUGACAGUCUGUUUCAUUACCCUCAGUACCUUUUAGACUGUGUUUUUGCCUGGUCAUUUCAGUGUCUUGUAUCUGGGUUGUAUCCUGAUAAAUAUCACAUGAUAUGUACUUGUAGUUAAAGCCUCUCGAAAGAUGUUUUCAGUAUUACACGUUAAUAGACUAGGAAUUAAUCAGCACAUUACAUUCUACUUCCUGUGCAAUUCUUUAUUUUCAGUUUUUCAGUCAUUACAAUAAAAAUCAAGAUUUCUGCAUUCUGUUUUUAAUCUCUUGCAAACGUUCUGCUUGGGGAGAUGGAUAUAGUUACACUAAUGUGAUAUGUGUGGCUAAAAUGUGUUUCAUACAUCCUUUUUGAAGUGGUUGGUGGAAUUAGAUUUGAAAUCUAUUUUAAAUGAAUCCUGGGUGCAGUUACACAUGUAUUUUUAUGUAGAUAAUCCCUAUCCAGAUAUAAUCCUUAUAUUCAAGACGCAUGAAACAACCAAGUGUAAUAAAAGUCUUUACAGAAUGGUUUUGUACAGCCCAGUUCACUGGAAUAGGUGUUUACCCUGAAAAUCUGUGACUGCCUCUCUCUGCCUUCUCUCAAGAGCUCCUCAAGAAUCUCACUGCCUCCUGAGUUUGUGCAAUUGUGUUUAAUGUCUAAUGGGAUGUGGGUAAGCUGUAUGGCCUUCACUGUCAGACCUUGUGGGCCGACUUCCUGGUUGUAAACAAAACAAGCAAUAAUGUAGCAUUGAGUGGCAGACGGUUUUAAAGCAUCUUGUUAUACCAUUGAUAAUGUUCACCUUUUUCGAGAUGUCUGUAAUUCAUAUUUACAGUCAGGACAGUACAUGUGUCUACUAAUCUCCUGGCUGGACAUUUAAAUAGUCAGUUUAUUACUUUGGAUGUGCUUUAAAAAUGCAUUUCAUAUAGAAAAAAGAGACAUAUGAGACUCUCUAAGAGUCCUAGCUUUUUGACAGCUGGUUGACUCACACAAUCACCUAACAAAGCAAGUUAAUUCACUAUGGGAUUGUUGGUCAUGUAAAUAGGAGGUUAAUGAAAAUGUAGUUUAUGCCAGAGGAAAACAAACUGUGCUUUAUUGAUAUAAGUGAACAGCUAGAUAUAGCUAGACAGCUAAUAGGUCGACCAAACAACUACACUAGCUAGAGCCAGUUGUGAAUGCUACCAUUUUGAUUAACAUGUUGAUGGUCCUCAGACAAAAAGUCCUGUCCUAAACAAUGUUUCACUUAUUUUCAAGUAUUAAAAGUACUUUUUAUUGAAGGCUUGUAUUCAGGAGGGUUGCAAAGUAUUACAAACUGAAGGAAUACCUCAUUGGUGCUUUAUGUUGCAGAGGUCUGUAUUUUUUUUUUUUUUUUUUUGCAUGUACAAAAGCACAAAAAGUUGAUUUUUGCAAGAAUAUGUCAUAAAUUAACACCUGUACAUAUACCUUACUCAUCCCUUACCAUAUGUAUUGUGGCUUCUGGAAGUAUUUCUUCCAGGUUAUGUAGGUCUGUGGGUUUAUUAAGUCAACAUUUGAAGAUUUGCAUCGAGAAGUUAUUCUUUAUUUUUUUUUUGCAUCCGGCAGGUCGGAACUGUGACUUAAACAAAAAUGGUUGAGUCAAAUGUGCCUUAUGAUGAGUCAAGACUUUGAACAGGCCUUUAGACUACAGCGUGUGAACCAGUCAUUAUUUAUUGUGUUUGCAUAAAAUGAUUGUGAAUAAACUUGUGCUAAAAUAA